AUGGCCGAUGACCAGAGUAAUAAGCCUGCCGUGUUGAUCGUUGGAGGCUUGGGAUUUAUCGGCCGUCAUCUGGCUCUUCAUAUACAUGAGAAUAACCUGGCCUCCGAAGUCCGGCUGGUAGACAAGGUUCUUCCCCAGCUCGCUUGGUUGGCUCCCGAGUUUGAACAGGCUUGCUCCAAGGAUAAAUUCGUUCAGGCAGAUGCGAGCCGGGAACAACACUUCCCGCGUAUCUUUGACCGGAGUAAUGGCGAACAAUUUGAUUACGUGAUCAACUGCGGAGGCGAGACGAGGCAUUCCCAGCCUGACGAUGUCUACGAACUUCGUAGCUUCAACCUGACCGUGGCUUUGGCGCGCGAAGUCGCUCGUCGCGGGAUCCGCUCCUACGUCGAGUGUUCCACCGCUCACGUCUAUAAGGGGGGAUCAACACCGAGAAAGGAGGAUGAUAAGCUUCAGCCGUGGAACAAGUUGGCCAAGUGGAAGUUGAAGGCUAGUGAGGAGAUUCAGAAAAUCCCGGGCUUCGCCUACUGUGUGCUGCGCCUACCGCACGUAUACGGAGAAUACGACCCCGGCUAUUUCGCUAUGGGGAUCUGCCUCGCGCGUGUUCAUCAGGAUAUGGAGAAGGACCUGGAGCUAUUAUACACCAAGGAUCUGAAAAUCAACACAGUAUACGUGAAAGACGCAGCCGAUGCCCUGUGGAAGGCGGCGGAAUGGCGAGCAAAUACCCCCCCGGCUGAAAGCCAGCCUAUUGCCUUUAAUGUGGUUGAUCAUGGAGAUACUCGCCAAGAGCACAUUGCUGAAGCCUUGUUGGAAGUGUUUGGCAUCAAAUGCUCAUUCCUGGGCUCAUUAGCAUCCCAACUUGCCAAGUUGAACCUUGAUGAAGUGGUGGAUGAUAUGAAUGAGGAAUGUCUGCAGGUCUGGGCGGAAUUGAUCGAGCAGGCGAAGAUUGAACGGCCGGGCCCGAUCAGCCCUUUCCUGGAGAGAGAUGUGCUCAAGGACCAGGACAUGUCGAUCGAUGGUACACUGUUUGAAACGACCACUGGGUGGAAACCUACUCGGGAAAAAUUCAAUGCCGACUCUGUGCGAGAAAUGGUUGAGAGCUACAAACGGAUGGGCUGGUGGCCUUAA